AUUUGUGAAAAAAUCGAAAAAUUUUGUUCGAUAAAAUCAUUUGUCAGGAUCGUACCAGGGUAGAAAAGGGAUUGACUGACGACUCGUCUGACGACAAGGUUUUUGUAAAUAAUGAUUCUCAAAAGUGAUGACGAAACGUCGAAUCUCAUCGACAAGUACAAUUUGUAUGAAAAUAUAUUGAAAAAGAUGCUGCUCUUCGCAGGAGUUUGGCCCAGAAAAAAUUCAAGCGUUGUUUAUCGUUUUUUGAUGUGUGUCCAUGGAUUAGGAUCGUUUUUAAUGCUUUUUGCAAUUACUAAGUUUUGUCUCGAGCACAUUACGAAUCUUCAUUUGUUCUUGACUGGUCUCGGCCUAGGUCUCGGUUUCGUAACCAUCAUACAAAAAAUGAUAUGCUUGGCCAUAUAUCGCGACAAUUUGUUCGAGCUGCAUGGCACACUGGCAUACACAUUUGCAAAAGAUUACAACAAUGCAGAGAUGCAACCGAUAUUAAUGUCGCCACUUUUAUCAUUUUAUCGACCUUCCCAAAUAAUGAUGGGAAUAUCCUGGACGAUAAUGGCACUCUAUUGGAGCGUUCCUCUCGUUUUCAUACUAAUUCAGCUCGCAGAAGGAGAAAACUCAAUAAAAUACCUUCUCCCCUUUCCGACCUCGUUCCCCUGGCCGGUCACUGUCAACAAAUGGGUUUACGCAGGACUGUACAUUUUUGAGGUUUACGCCUCAACCUGCCUCGUCGUCUUUACCGUAGCCGUCGACUCUCUCUUCGGUUUUUUUAUUUUCCAAAUAUCCGGGCAACUUCGCACCUUGUCCCAUCGAAUUAGAAAUGUCGGCUCGGGGGCUAAUCAUCGAGAGGAAUUGAUCGAGUGCAUCUCCAGACAUCAAACUUUAACCCAGUGCCAAAGGAGCCUCGGACGCAUUUACGGACCGAUUGUUCUCUGGCUGUCCGUUGCGAGCGCAAUGGUUUUGUGCGCCCUCAUUUACCAAGCUGCUCACUUGAGUCCGAAAAAAGCGGUCAUCGUCGUGCUGUAUUUGUUCAUCAAAGGCAUUCAAACACUGUUCUAUGGUUGGUCCGGAACAACUUUAUCAAUUGAGAAUGACAAUUUCCGUGAGGCCGUAUACUCGAGUGACUGGGCAGGUUCGGGUGAAAAAACACUUAUGACGAAUAUUUUGAUGCUGCUCAUAUACAAUAAACCGUUCGUCCUGAAGGCGUGUUCAGUCACAACGAUAUCUGUAGAUUUAUUUAUAACCGUCUCCAAUACCGCUAUCUCGUAUUACUUCAUGCUGCGAACACUGGAGAAAGCACAAUAAAGUUUCGUUGGAGGUAUCAUCACACAAAUGCAUGGAGUAUCUUUUGGAAUGUUUGGUCGGAUUGGAAUGUACUGCAAAAUACUUUUGUCUACCGAGCUCCAGUGUUAUUGAGAAGUUCUAUAAAAUCGAAUUUUCUCCAAAUGGUGUUCAGAGCAGAUGGAAGCGUUGUCUGUUUUUCACGUUCUUAUAGCAAAGUAUGAAAAGUCGUUGGGGCAUCAUCGAAUUUGCGGGCUGAUUGGAUAUUUGAUCGUCACUGUAUCGAGACUGAAUUGGAAACUACAGUGCAUGCAAAAUUUCUGUGUUGAGCGAUGAAAAUUGAGU